AUGGCAAAACGACGUACACUUUAUAUUCUCCUUAUUCUCCUUGCUCUUGUUCUAUCCGGCACCGUCGUCGUCUUGUCUUCCAUCUCUUACUACCUCUACAUCAAUGCCGCAGCAUAUAUUCCAGACAGGGAGGUCCCAGUGUUAAGCAACACAACACGCUGGAAUGCAACGGAACAUGGAAAGCUUGAGAGGAUACCUCGUAUUAUCCACCAGACUUGGAAGUCGGAGACGCUUCCAGCUGAUUGGAAACUCCUCUCUGAGGCAUGUCGAAACAUGAUGUCCGACUACGACUACAUGCUCUGGACUGACGCCAGCUCCCGCGAGUUUAUCGCAGAGUACUACCCCUGGUUUCUUGAUACGUUCGACGACUACGAGUUUGCGAUUCAACGAGUUGAUGCUAUUCGUUAUUUCAUCCUUUAUCACUAUGGGGGAAUAUAUCUCGACCUUGACGUUGGAUGCCUGCGACCUCUGGAUCCCUUAUUGAUAUAUCCCGUCAUUUUACCCAAGACCAUUCCUGUCGGCGUUUCCAAUGACCUCAUGUUUGCUGAAAAGGGUCAUCCUUUCCUCUCCCAGACUAUCCACAACCUUGUCACGUUUGAUCAUUCUUGGAUAUUAAACUAUCCCACCGUCAUGUUCUCCACAGGACCCAUGUUCCUCUCUUUUCAGUACAGCCUUUACACGGCGUCACAUCCUAUCACGCCGUACGAACCAGGAGAUGUUCGAAUCCUCCCCAAAUCUCUCUACGGCAAGAACGCCAAACCAGAAGAAGCUCCCCAUUCAUUCUUCGCCCAUUAUUACGGUAGCAGCUGGCAUGCCAACGAUGCUGCAUUAAUCAGCUUCUUGAAUACGUGGGGGAAAGGAUUGUUGUGGUUGGGUUUGGCCAUACUAGUCUAUGGGAUCUACAAGCUCACGGUCCCUAGCAAGCAACGAAAGUAUAGCCUCAGGAGAAUUGGAGGAUAUGAUGUCCUUUUGCCUAGGUGGACUCAGCGCAAUGGGCGCUGGCAUAUCGACAUGCGGUGGUCUUUCCUUCCAGCGUCUGGUGCUUCUACGCAACCAUCAUCUCCCAUCAAUUCCGCUCCCCAGUCGCCGUUGGACGAACAUGUUUCAUUACUGCCCCUUCCCUUUGAGUUGAGACCGGACUCACCCGUACCCUCCGACAUUUCAUCUUCUGUGGACAUAUUUCCGACGUCAAGUUAUCGCGCGCCAUCAUCUAUUCUUGAUGUUGUGCGUCGCGUGCGAGACCGUGCCACGGGUUAUUUGAAUCUAUCUCGAGAGCCGCCUGCGUUGCCACGCGCCCCAUCUCGCGGUCGGAGGCAACGGUCCAGAGGAGUCAUGUUCUUCCUCCCGGCUAUCUUUACUCAAUCCCAGAAUAUGGACAUUCUCACGCGCAGCCCGCCUCCACAACCAUCUUCUGGACGGAAUUUGCCCCCUUCUUCUCAGUUACCCCUUGAGAAGCUUUGGCGAGGGGCUGAGAGUAGAGUUGGAGAUGAAUCAGCCGAGUUUCAUCAGGGCUGCUCUCAAUCACCUCGGCCACCGUUGGAGAAUCGUCUUCCGCAUUCGUCUUCAAGUCCGCUUAUUGAUCUCGAACAGCAAAAUUCAUAG